GGUACUGUGCGCAUGCGCCUCCCCUCCACGAUCAUUGGUGCCAUGGUACACCACAGAAUGACAGGAUCAUGACUUGGUUUUUACUCCGAGUGUUUCGUACGUGUCCUCCCAAACCGGUUCACCUCUGUUUUGCCAAGCGGUACCGUUACGAUCGCCGUAAUAUACGUGUCAGUAGUACUCCACUCCUGGGACGCCAACGAGCCGAGACAGACGUUAAAAACGACGUAAAACCUUUUCAAAUUCUCAAAAGGACACUUCGACUCGACGCGAUGCCAGAGAAAAAAGAGUUCGAACGCCUCCCAAAAACGGUCACACCACUCCAUUACGACUUGUUUCUCAAGCCGAAUCUGAAGACUUUGGACUUCGUAGGAAAAGAAACCGUCCAAAUCAAGAUUCACACUCCGACAUCCUCGAUUGUCCUCAAUUCCCUUGAGCUAGCCAUUAAAUCAGCCGGGCUUGAGCUGAACGGUCGUGUUUUGACACCAAAGGUAAAUUUAAGUCAAGAGGAUGAGACCUUGACCUUGGAGUUCACAGAGCCCCUCCCGGCAGGGGAGGCGUCUCUCAUGUUUGAAUUCUCCGGAGAGCUGAACGACAAAAUGAAGGGAUUUUAUCGUAGCAAUAUUUCAAGUGUAGAAGGCGAACCACUGUGGGCUGCUGUGACCCAAUUUGAACCGACAGAUGCUAGGAGGUGUUUCCCUUGUUGGGACGAGCCAGCAAUCAAAUCGGUUUUUGAUAUCACCGUUUCCGCUCCCAAGGACAAAGUCGCCUUGUCCAAUAUGCCAAUGGCAAGUGAGCAGAUGGAAGGAGAUCAAAGAGUAGUCAAGUUCUUGCAGACUCCGGUCAUGUCCACUUAUCUUGUAGCAGUUGUCGUCGGAGAUUUUGACCAUGUUGAAGACACCUCUGAAGACGGGGUUCUAGUCAGGGUCUAUACUCCUGUCGGGGUCAAAGAACAGGGGAGAUUCGCUCUUCAUGUCGCUACAAAAGUGCUACCCUUUUACAAAGAUUAUUUCCAAAUAGCUUACCCACUUCCGAAGAUUGAUCUAGUCGCUAUUGCAGAUUUUUCUGCUGGUGCCAUGGAAAAUUGGGGUUUGGUAACGUACAGGCAAUCGUGCCUUCUCGUCGACCCUGAAAAUACAUCAGCAUCGAGAAAACAGUGGAUUGCGAUUGUUGUCGGUCAUGAACUUGCACAUCAAUGGUUCGGUAAUCUUGUGACUAUGGAAUGGUGGACCCAUUUAUGGCUGAAUGAAGGUUAUGCCACUUUUGUAGAAAAUCUUUGUGUCGCUCACCUUUUCCCAGAGUAUGAUAUCUGGACACAGUUUGUUUCUGAUAUGUUUAUAAGAGCUUUAGAACUGGACUGCUUGAAAAACAGUCAUCCUAUUGAGGUUCCAGUAGGACACCCUUCAGAGAUUGAUGAAAUAUUUGACGAUAUAUCAUAUAACAAAGGUGCCUCUGUGAUUAGAAUGCUGCAUAGGUACAUCGGUGAUGCUGAUUUCCGCAAAGGGAUGCAUCUGUACCUGACACGUCAUCAGUACAGCAACACAUUUACAGAGGAUUUGUGGGCCGCUUUGGAAGAAGCGUCGAAAAAGCCCGUAAGAGCUGUAAUGUCAACAUGGACCAAACAAAUGGGUUUCCCCGUGAUACGAGUUGUCUCGAGCGAGCAAGAAGGAAAUUGCAGGGUGCUGAAAGUCGCCCAGGAAAAAUUCUGCGCCGACAUAGCCACCAAAAAUGAUAGCAGUUUAUGGAUGGUGCCAUUAACAUUUAGCGCGAAAGGACGAGAAAAUGAAGUAAUCCAUUCUGUUAUGCUUGAGGGGAAAUCUGCCACGAUAAGUAUACCAGACAUUGAGCCGAAUGCAUGGGUCAAAUUAAAUCCAGGCACAGUAGGCGUGUACCGUGUCUCGUAUCCUCAGUGUGAUCUUGACAGACUUAUUCCAGCAAUCAAGGAUAUGUCGUUGCCGCCGUUGGACAGACUCGGUUUAGUAGAUGAUUUAUUCGCCCUUGUCCAAGCAGGGCGAUGCACAACCGUCCAGGUCUUACAGGUAAUUUCAGCGAUGCAGAAUGAAGAUAAUUUCACAGUCUGGAGCAUAAUCGCAAACUGCCUCGGGAAAGUGAGCGCUUUGUUGUCCAACACGGAUCAAACCGACAAUUUUAAAAAGUUCGGUGUGUAUCUGUUCAAAACAAUCGGGGAUAAACUUGGAUGGGAACCCAAACCACAAGAAAGCCAUCUUGACACACUUCUUAGAUCUUUAGUAUUGUCAAGACUCGGCUGGUAUGGUGAUGAGGACACCAUCAAAGAAGCAAAGAGGAGGUUCAAGGCUCAUGUUACAGGUGAACAUCUCAUUCCUGCCGACCUGAGAGCUGCUGUUUACAAAACAGUUCUUUCCGUCGGAAAUCAGGACACGUACAACAGCAUGCUGAAGUUAUACAGAGAUGAGAGUCUACAAGAAGAAAAAGAUAGAAUUCUCAGAUCAUUGGGUGCCAUUGGUGAUAAGAAAAUUUUAACAAAAGUAUUAGAAUUUACAAUGUCGGAUGAAGUUAGAUCGCAGGAUAAAGUAUUUGUCGUUAUAUCUGUCGCUAUGACCAAAGUGGGAAGAGAGCUUGCAUGGGAAUUUCUCAAGACAAACUGGGUCGAGUUGUUGAACAGAUACGAGGGUGGAUUCCUUUUGCCUCGACUUGUGAAGCACACAAUGGAAGACUUCGCUUCAGAAGAGAUGGCGAAAGAGAUCGAGGACUUUUUCGCGAAUAAAGACACAUCCGCGGCCGAAAGAAGUAUACAGCAAUCGGUUGAAACGAUUCUCCUCAACGCCGCUUGGCUUAAACGAGACAUAGAAGACAUUCAAAUGUUUUUGAAAAAGUGGAACUGAGCUUCUAUCCGUUCGCGAAUACCAAACCAAAUUCAAAACCAUGCGUGUCAGGCAUUUUUUUUUUUUAAAUCUAUGAAUUCUAUCAAUCAAAGUGUUUACCUAGUAUUACGUUUUUUUCAAUUUGUUUAAAUAUUUAGUUUUUAGCUGUGGACGAGUUUUGUUUGAGGUCUUUUACCGUGAGAAAAUUUCUCAGAUUACAAUAGGGGUUUUUGUUCUUGCCCAAUUUUUGUGGCAAUGCAGAGAAAGAGUAAUUUCUAUGUAAUAAAUUGAUUGUAUGUUGUUUAAAAAUAUAUAAUAUAAUGAGGA